CCUCAAAAUACGUACCGCAUCCCCAGCUUAAUUGGUCGACACGCCUCAGUUUGAUCUGGUACCUAUCGACACUUUCGCCCUUUUUCUACUUUCUUUUUUUCCUGUUUGACACUGCGGCCGGCCUUCUCUUCAUCCUUUCAUCCAACUUGAAGAUUUUCAUUAGCUCUCUCGAUUUGAGAUGAACAUCGUCCCUUCCAACCAGCACUUCAUAUAAAAUCAUCUUUCACCACAUCUGUGGUUUUCUCUCCCUCAUCAUCGGUCCUCAACUUUACAACAUGGCCGCUAAAAUCUUCGUUUUCGGUAGCAUCAACGGUCAGCUCCAGUCUGCGUUCAGCAAACUAUCGACGUUGCACGCCAAGAAUGUUUUCAGCUUCGCAAUUGUCACGGGUAAUUUAUUUGGUGAAGGCCAAGAUGAUGAUCAGCUCACUGCCCUUCUAGCCGGCGAAAUUCAGAUUCCGUGCCCGACCUACUUCACUGUCGGGACAGUCCCACUACCCGCACAAGUCAUUGAGCGCAUCGAAAAGGAUGAGGAGAUCGCACCAAAUCUUCAUUACCUAGGCAAGCGGAGCGUUACCAAGACCUCGGAAGGUGUUCGGAUUGUUACUCUGGGUGGAUUGCUCGAUCCUGCCGUCGUCGCGGGUCAGUCCAAGGAACAGUAUCUGCCCUUCCACACCGAAGGUGACAUCAAGUCUUUGCGCGGCGCCAACAAUGGCGACAUUCUCCUCACCACAGUGUGGCCAUCCGAUGUAUGGAAGAACAGCGCGAAAGCACGAGAGCAGAACCUUACCACGGAUGCCAUUUCUUCCAGCCAGGCAAUCGCCGACCUUUGUGCCCAUCUCAAGCCCCGCUAUCAUUUCACCAUGUCUCCGGACAACUUCGCAUUUGAGCGCGAGCCAUUUUUUCCCGAAUCAAGAGGAGAGGAGGAUAAGGACAAGGGACUGGACGUGACACGGUUUAUUUCACUCGCUCCAUGGGCCAACACGGCCAAGGCGAAGUCGAUGUACGCUUUCACGCUUAACAGAGAAACGGUCGUGUCGCCUCCCGUAGGAAGCACCCUCACGCCCUUUUAUAAGCCAGCUGCCGCUGCACAGAAACGUACAGCUGACGAAGCCGGCUUUUCGCGCUUCGCAAACGGAAAUCACGAGGGCGACCGCAGGCGUCGCAAGCACCAGCGACGCGAACGCUCUCCUCCACCCGGACCGGAAAGGUGUUUCUUUUGCUUGUCGAACCCUAAUCUGCCCACGCACAUGAUCUGCAGCAUCGGCGAGGAGGCAUAUCUUGCAACUGCCAAGGGGCCCCUACCUUCCGCUGAUACAUUCAAGUCGCAGGGUCUUGACUUCCCAGGUCAUCUCAUCAUUACGCCCACUCCGCACAUCCCUUCUUUGAACGUCGCGGCUCUCGCCGACAGCGGCGAAGAUGUCAAGAAAACUUACAAGGAGAUGACGCGCUUCCGUGAGUCGCUGCAGGGCAUGGUUUCGAAGCAGUCCAAGGGAAAGCUCGGUGCCGUUACCUGGGAGAUCAACCGCGCGAGGAAUAUUCAUGUCCACUGGCAAUUCAUGCCUGUGCCUGUGGAGAUGGUUCGCAAGGGGUUGGUGGAGGCCGGUUUUCAGAUCUUGGCGAAGGAUACUAAUAUAGGAAAGUUUAUUUCGAAGGAAUUUGAGACGGCCGAUGAGGUUCCUGGCGACUAUCUCCGUGUUUGGAUCUGGGCAGAGGAGGAGGGCGACGCGGAAAAGGGUGGCGCGGAGGGCGGCCAGGUUAUCUCCAAGACCCUGCUGCUGCAGAUUGAUGAGAAUGUUCGCUUUGACCUUCAGUUCCCCCGCAAGGUCAUGGCGAAGCUGCUCGGUGAGGAAGGCAGGGUUAUUUGGCAGGAUGUUGGUCAGUCGGUGGAGGAGGAGUCGAAGGAUGUUGCGGCGUUCAGAGCGGCUUUCAAGGAAUGGGAUUUUACGCUCUAACUGGGACCCAGACGUGAGGAAUGGUACAGGUGGGGAUCUGAUGGGUUGCCGCGGCCUUGAGGCUUGUGGCAGAUAUGGAGUGGAUCAAUGGGAUCGAUCUUUGUUGUCAAUCUCAUUGGUAGUUGUUGACAUUUCUCACCAACAAUUUGACCUGGAGUUCCAAGGACAUAUUUCUCCACAGGAAGGCCCUGACGUUUCUGGAUGUCUUCGUUCAUUGGCUUGAAAAAGCAUAUAUAGAGCACAUGAUACGCUUGUAUUAAAGGAGAAAACUAUGAGUUCUUCG